AUGAAGUGCGCGACUGGCUUCUCUGGCCUGCCCGAUUCGUAUGCUAGGAUGCGAUGGAGAUUCAUCUUGACAUAUGAGGACGAUGGAGUCCGCAAUGACGGAGUCGAGCAAAGCCCAGCAGAUGCAUUUGAUAGAGAGCAUUUUGCGCAUGUCCGGAACGCAUUCGAUGUGCUGAAUGAGGCCGAGGCUCAUUUGCGAGAGCUACAAGAAGCCGCAGCAGCUGAGAAUAUAGCAGACCCAGAUGAGCUCGAUGUUUUCAUAGGCAUGGACCACCCAGACGAUGGCUUCGCAACGACCCACAAUACGGCGGCGGAAGAGCAACACCACAUCCGGACUGCCUCUGCAAGGCCACGUAUACUGACUUGA